CGUUUCCUGUUCUUCUGUUGUGAAACAGUUGCAUAAACUCUCCUUCAAAAUAAAACAUUGUCACAUUGUCAGCCAAGCAAGCACUUGAUCAGUCACACAUUACACAAGAUACUUCACGAUAACAUGUUUUCAGCAGCUAUUGCAAGAAAGGUGGUUAGUUCGGUUUGCCGAGCAUCACUGCGUCCAGCUGCUGGCACAGUGAUUUCUCGGGAUUACCGAGGUGAUGCCCCAGAGCCAAACCUCAUUGAGAUCCCACUGCCACCAUGGGAGGAGAGGACAGGCGAGUCCCUGGAGAUCAAGAAGAAAAGACUCCUGUAUGAGAGCCGCAAGAGAGGCAUGCUGGAGAACUGCAUUCUUCUGAGCCUUUUUGCAAAGCGGUACCUGAAUACAAUGAGUGAAUCCCAGCUAAAGCAGUAUGACAGACUCAUCAAUGAACCCAGCAAUGACUGGGACAUCUACUAUUGGGCUACAGAUGCUCAGCCGACACCUGAUGUGUACCAGGGCGAGGUGAUGGACAUGCUCAAAGAGUUUGCCAAGAACAAGGACAUGGAGCAGCGUCUAGAUGCCCCUAAUCUUGAUUAUCUGGACAAGAGCAGCUAAAACUCAGCCUUCUGCCAGAGACUGUCAUAGAAAACCAAAACUGAGCUUAUAAAAGCACCCAAGACUCUACAGAAAUCAUAUAUAUAUGAUAUAUAUACAGUAAUUUAACACACACAUACACGCAUAAAUUAUACAUAUAAACGCUGUACAGUGACUGUGAUGUGAAAAUAGCAUUGUAUUAAAGUUUGUUCUUAUCGAUGA